UCCUCGAGAGCAUUACCUCAUUGCAAGCGAGGGCGGGAAAUAACUUCGGUCGCACAAAACAGCCUCAGCCUCUCGCAAAUGAUGUUCUGCUCUCGCGCGCGAAUUUAGUUUUGGCACUAUGGGGAGGGAACCAAGGCAGGGCGGGCUUUCCUAUGAGUGGCCGUUUCUGAAGCGCGAUAUUUGAUUGACAGCCCUCCUCAGCACUCCUCUCAUUCAAUUCUGAAUUGUACAGUCAAUGGCUGAAACCCAGACGACAACCGCGUGGGCAGAGAUACCGUCAGAUUUCACCGUGUUUCGGUUCCAGCAUCUACUAUGGAGGACACCAUUAGGAGACAGAUCCUGACCCGGCUCCUGUCCAAGUUCGAACUGGGACUCGAAAGAGAGCCGAUUGAUUUAGAUUAUUUUGAGUUUAUGUGUAGGCAGGAGUUGUAUUUGUGCAAUGCACUGUCAAGGCAUGUUGAUGUACCGACAGACAUAGUACAGGCCCUAGAGAACUUUUUUAGUCAUGUGAGGGACCACCUUGAGAGGCAGCACACUGGUAGAGUCCAGCCCGAUACAGUACCUGGGGAGGUGGGGCGUCCCAGGUUUGACAUUGAUAGGGAAUGCUUGGAGGAAGUCCUGGAGAUAAACCUCCCUGUUCCCUGCAUAGCAAAGAUGCUUGGUGUGUCAAGGAGGACAGUGUUUUUAGAAGGAUGAAGGAAUUAGGUCUUUCUGCUAGACGUUACCAUGAAAUGGAUGAUGAGGAGCUGGAUAAUGUUAAAAAAUGCAUAAAAAAUGAGAUGCCAACAACAGGCUACCGUAUGGUCAAGGGGAGGUUGCGGUCUAUGGGUAUCCAUAUUCAGUGGAGGAGAGUGGCUGCAUCAUUGCACCGUGUAGACUCCCUGGGCAUCCUCUCAAGACUGUCAGGCCUAGGGUGCAUUUUGCAAAGGACAUACUCUGUCAGGGCCCGCCUCUCUCUGUUGCAUGUGGACACAAACCAUAAAUUAAUCAGGUACAACAUUGUGCUGUUUGGAGCAGUGGAUGGUUACUCCAGGAAGAUAAUGUGCCUCAAUGCUGCCACCAACAACCUGGCUUCAACUGCAUUUGCUGCCUUCAAGCAGGCUACGGAAAGACAUGGCAUUCCCUCAAGGAUUGAACGUCUGUGGCGCGACGUGAGGACCUGUGUCACCUCCAAAUACUACAAUGUGCUUCGGCGUCUGGAACAGGAUCAGUUGCUGGAUGUUUCUUCCACAGAAGACCUUUUCUGUGUCCACCUGGUCUUACUUCCCAAACUGAAGAUGGACCUUGAAAGUUUUGUGGAAUGUUGGAACAAUCAUCCUGUCUGGACUGAAAAUAACAGUACUCCUGAGCAGUUGUGGUGGCUGGGUUUGAUGACCACAGAUAUUGACCUGCCAGAAAACAUUGAGGCAUGUUUUCAAGUGCAAAAACCUUGUAUAGUGUCUUUUAAUUGUGUCAGAUUUUGGAAUCCUGUAACCUUGGGGGUAGCAUUGUUCUAUGCAAACAACAAAUACUAUUAUGUCAGAUGCCUAUUCUGCAAGGAUAGACUAUCAGCCACAAAUGCCAUGUAAAAUUCAGCUUCUUCUCUUCUAGGACAUUGAGGAGCCAGACAUCGACUGGGAUAUUGCCGUAGACCACAAUGGUGAGGCAGAAGGAGGGAUAGUGGUUCCUCAAAUUGACUGUCCAGUGAGCGAGGAACAAAGGGAAGGUGUUCAGGCCUUCCUUGACCAGAGCGACCCGGACAUGGAGGCUAGGGAAUUGAACCUCCUAUGCCACGAAUAUUUGAGCCCCACUUAACUACCACCACAUCCCCAAGGACUCCCCCACCCACUGGUCUCUGAUGCGACCCUCAUUGUAGAAAUAAACUUCUCAUUCUGUUAAAUCAGCCUACUUCCUGCAAAUUAUGGUAUUUUUUCAGAUCUUGAAGAGCCAAUUACAAUUUGGAGAUCACUUUUUCGAUAGGGAGAUUACUUAUAGGCCCUCCUGAAAAUUCCAAUGAUUUCUUCUAAUAAAAUGUCACCUUUUGGACAUUUCUU